AUGGCUCCAGCAUUGUGGAAUGCUCUACUUGAUGAGGCCUCUGGCAGACACCUGCUGUCCACGCCCCUCCCAGGAAAGACAGCCCUUCUCUGGGACCUGCUUUGGACAAUCACAGACAGGAUGAAAACGCCAAGCUGUCGCUACACUCUCCUGACCAGCCUGAUUGAGGAAACUUUGUCUCUGGAGCCUGAAGAAGCUGAACAGGAUGACCCAGCCUGUACAGCUACAGAUGCUCCAGCAUUACACAGGGAAGACUUUCAUGAACCAGUACUGAAUGAAAAGAGCAACAUUGUGCACUUAGAAGAAAUCCAGAAGCUUGCCCCACAUCUCCCGCUGAGGGUAACUGGAUACCCAUGGAACCUCAUCUACUGUACAACAAGGGAUGGGUAUAGCCUGAAGACCAUGUACCGAAGCAUGACUGACUUGGUGUCUCCUAUCUUGCUGGUCAUUAGAGACACUGAUGGCCAGAUAUUUGGGGCCUUUUCUUCUACAACCAUCCAUGUCAGCAGCAGUUUCUAUGGGAAUGGAGAAAUGUUCUUAUUCUCCUUCACUCCACAACUGAAGGUAUUUAAGUGGACUGGCAAAAACACCUUCUUCGUGAAAGGAGAUGCUGAUUCACUGGCAAUUGGGGGAGGCAGUGGGAAAUUUGGAUUAUGGCUAGAUGGAGAUCUGAACCAUGGAGGAAGUCAUCCCUGUGAGACAUUCAAUAAUGAAGCAUUAUCCCCCAGAGAGGAAUUCCUCAUCCAAGACUUGGAGGUUUGGGCUACGGCUUAACCAGAAAAAUUCAGUUCCUCCUUGCAUGAACAUUACAAGUACCUUGGGAACAGGGUAACUGUCCUGUCGCAACUUCUCAAAACCUCUUCAAAAUAGCACAAACCUCCUGGGGACUCUUUUAUGUCCCAACAGAUGAGCAUGGAAGAAAAAUAGGCUGAAUUAAUUUAGCCGUUUUCGCACAUUCAGCCUCACAGCUUUGCCCUUUUGUCGUCUGCUCUGUUGCUUCGUCCCCUUCUGCCACUAGACCACCAUUUGCUAUUCCUUAAGCUGACGUUUUAUUGGUGUAUCACUACUGUGCAGGACUAGGGCUGUGUUCCACACAGAAAUAUCUAGCAAAGCCACUCCAUAGUCAUAUGAAUUAUGGCAACUAUUGAUGACCCCUUUUAGAAGUAUAAGCUUUCCUUGAUAUAGGAAAGGUGUAAGAUGCUUACCACACAGUAUGUCUUGGCAGCUGGAGUGGAGUUCUAGUGAUCACAUUAAACCCUACUUCACUAUGGUUACUUAGCAUGGUUAAACAACAGAGGUAAAUCUAUCUACAUACUGAUUUAGCACAUGUAUAACUAAAGUUGUUCGAGCAUUUUAAGUCGUGUUUUUUUUCUUAUGAUUUCCUAAGGUUCCUUAGUCAGAACCUUUCCAGAUGAUGGCUCUUCUAUUGCACAAUAAAUGUGUAGUUGUAAGCAAUACUGGAUCCCCAUUGAGGAGAUAAGCAGGGUAAAAACGUAUAAAUAAAAAAUCUAUUUAGUUGCCUAAGUCAUCCUUCUGUAUACUGCACAUUAAAAUAUUAGGCACCAACCUUUUUAGUACAGAGCUACAGGUCUUCCAAGCUUACGGAUCAGCUAUUUUUUCACAUGUCAGAAUGCAGUGGAAUGGGGCGAGGGGGGGGCUCAUGUGUACGGAGGCUUCACACAAGCCACUUUGGAUCCUGACCAUAGAAUGCAGGCCAUGCACUCCUGAAACACUGCCGUUCUAGUAGCGAGUUUUAGAGAUGACUGGAUCAUGUGUGUUGGGCCUCUGCCUCAUUACAAUAAACAGAUGACACAACUUAAAGACAUUAGCAAGCAAGGGAUCCUCUUUGGAAUCAAAGUUCAAGUAACCAAGCCUUUCCUUGCUUGAGGAAUUUCUGAACACACACCAAGAGCUUGAUUUAUUUGGUACCCCAUGUCACAUGCUGUCUACCUGUAUGUUCUUAAUCCUUCGGAGGGGGGAGACCAAUGGAGAGCUGAUGCCACAUAUGGGAGAGGCCCACAUGGAGGAGGGG